UAAGUCGGUCAUCUACCAUGCAGUAUCCUCGUCUCUGGUAGUAUGUAACUAUGUAUAUACUAUUCAGCUAUUAUAAAAAUUUUUAGAAAAUUUAGAAGUUUCAACUCUGCUUUCCAGGUUGACUACAAUCAAUAAGUAUGUAAUCUAAAUAAUUAAGAUAAAUGAAAAAGCAGAAAAAUUAUGAGAGAAAGAUUGAUCAAAAUAGUAAUAAAUUCCAUUGAAAGUUUUAUUUCGAAUGGGUAAUUCUAUCACAAAAAAUAAUUAUCACAAUAAUCAGAAGUAUACUAGUCAGUAUAGCCUUAGUGAUAUAAUUGGUGGAAGUUGCAUUGGAUCAACGCAAUCUUCGCAGAAAGAAACUAAAUCAUGGUCUCGUGCUUCUUGCAGAAGCUGGAGCGAAGGUACAUUAUAUGAUCCAUUGGGUACUUCGAAAACAUUAUGGCCUGUAUCACGUUGUCAGGCUAUGUUUCUUCCAGAAUUUCAAAUAAGACAAGUAUCUCUGCAAAAUGCUUAUAUAUUUUUAAGCAUAAUAGCCAAAGGAGCUUAUGGAAAAGUAUAUAAAAUUCAGAAACAGGAUACUGGAGAAUUUUUUGCUUUAAAAGUAAUCAGUAAAGCUAAAGUGGUUGCAGAAAAUGGUAUAAUGCAGGCUAAACAGGAAGUAUCAAUACAAAAAUUGGUUGGUCAUCAUCCAUUUAUAUUAGAUUGCUCUCACAGGUGGCAAGGAAGGAAAACAUUGUACAUAUUAACUAACUAUGUUGGUGGAGGAGAGUUAUUUUCAUUAGUCGAGCAAUGUGGUUCUCUGCCUGAAAAUAUAGUUAGAAUAUAUGUAGCAGAAGUUGCUUUAGCUGUUGAUUUUUUGCACAAUGCUGGUGUUGUACAUAGAGAUAUAAAAGCUACAAAUGUUCUAUUGGAUGAGGAAGGUCAUGCUAUAAUUAUUGAUUUUGGUCUUGCAAAGUGGUUAAAUCAUACAGAAAGAACACAUACGCUUUGUGGAACUCCAGAAUAUAUGGCACCAGAAAUAUUCAGUAGACAGUAUUAUGGACAAGAGGUAGAUUGGUGGUCAUUGGGAGUACUAGCUUGUUUCAUGCUUACAAAUCAGUAUCCAGCCGGUGCAUCCAGCGAACUUCUGCCAGAGGACAGAGGGACUGGUUAUGCUUCACCUGGAACUUUGCCACCAAACGCGGAAAAUAUUUCCCCAGCUGCGAAGGAUUUGUUAAAACGAAUGCUCCAACCGGACCCCUGCUUGAGGUUGAGGUCUCUGUUAAGUCUGCAGAGGAUCGCUUUCUACAUGGGUUACGAUGUGCAGAGUUACAUGCAGAAGAAGGAAUCCCCGUUUCGUCUGCUAGGACGAAAAGUCGAAACUGAGCAGGAGGGCAGGAUCAAUGAGUUCUCCUGUUUCGACUCCUCUUUGGGGGAUAGCAUUUCUCACGCCGAGGAUCGAUGAUCUCAUCAAUGUGAUCGUUAAAUAGUAUUGUUGUCCUUAGUCAUUCCAGCGUAAAGCCAGAUCGAUUUUGGCCGAAAGAUGUUGUCCAAUUAUUUUUCUAACAUUUUUAUUAACGUUAGCUUGUUGCUCGUUGCUAGUUUUAUAUCGAGCAACGUCGUCGAUGCCAUCCAUUACUUUUAAGCGAAUGAAUUACCGUGGAUUUUAAACUAUUUAGAUUAUUUUCUAGCUCGAAGAGUGAUAUUUUUUUAACUCUGACUUAAGACGCGGAAUCUCCUAUCCUCUGGUGCUAUUUUUCAAGAAAAUUGUUGCAACGUUCAGAGGCUUUUUUUAUGAAUUAAGAAUAAAUUGCGGAGCUUUUGUAAUACGAAAAAUCAAAAAUGUUGAUGUGUCAAUGUGCGAUUGUAGCUUCUGUGUGCAGUGUACUCGAUACUUGAGUUCUGUUUUCUACCCCCGUUGCAUCGGCAAUGGGGCGCGAAAGCAAAGAAACAUAUGAAAGUGAAAUGUAUCUUACUAUAGAAUAAAAAUAAAUUGUUGUUGUGAUGGUGAUCUGUGCAAUUUCUGUAAUCUUUAAUUUUUCAUUUCCCUCUACUGGAUAAAUAGGAUUAGUAAGAAAAAAUAUCCAAAGAAGCUGUUUUUAAUAUUCAUAGUGAUUAUAAAGCAUCAAGUGAAUCUGGUUUGACGAUCUUAAAUUAAAUAGAAAAUACAAAAUUUACUUGUUGUAUUAAAAAAUACUUGAAAAAUAAAAGUUGCAUGAUAUCAAGGAUGAUAUGCAGUAUAAUAACCAGUCUUUUGUUACUUUGCCUUUUAUAGAGAUAUGAAGAUUUGUCUUACCGUAAAGAAUAUAGUGUUUGAUGAUUCGAUUAAAAUUAUCAUUGGAAUCGUUUUCAGGAUACAGCGUGAGAACGCGGUUGGUCUCAGUUUACAAAAGUUUUAAUUUUUUUAAGAAUAGUUAACAGUAUUUUUGUUACAGUAUUUCAUCGAUAAUACAAUAAAUUGCGAUAAAUCGUAGUGCGUACAAACUAACAACAAAAAAACAGAACGAAUCUGGAUCGAAAAACGCAGCGUCUUUUUUUUUAUCUUAUACAUUUCUUCAUAUUUGAAAUCAAUGCGAGAACACUUCUCUUUUCUUCUUUUCAUUUUUUUCUUCUUUGUUGCCGUUUCAUGUCGUUUUUCCCCCAUUUGUAUCCAUUGUGUAUCCACGAAUGUACCAUUUUGAGAUUUGUUGCUUCGUCUUCGUUCAUCUUCACACGUUUCAAUUUUUGUUACUUUUCGUUUUUUGCUCCUUCUUCUUAGACGAGGGGAGACAACUCCUUUUUUCGCCUGGGAGUGCAAUCAAUCGAAGUUUUAUGGUAAUAAUUAUUAUAUAUACAUUAUUAUUCUUACACUUAAAGGGUUUCUCGAUAUAUAAUACAACGCAUUCCUUCAAAUUACGUCCCGAACGACGCGUCAGCAAGCGAUCACUGGUCGAAUGUUUCUUUCUGUCUCUGGUCUGAAUUCAAACAUCAAUAAAAAGUGGAAUAAAAGGAAAUAAAAUUAUAUUAACAUUAUUAAAAAGCGAUCAAUUCUUAACAGAAAUCUCCUAAAAAUAAUAAAAUUGAUUGAAACACGAAGGAUCGCAACAAUUUCCUAUAUCAUUACCGUCCUUAAUCUUAUACCAUUCAUAAAAAAAAAAAAGAAAAAG